AUGUCGAGUUUGACGGAUUUAAUCAGCGCCUACCGUAAUAAUCGCAAAAUUUUGCUUUUGAUUGUUUAUGUCGCCUUAUUUUUGGAUAAUAUGUUAUUGACAACUGUUGGUGAGUUGAGUGAAAAUUUGGGGAAAAUAAUUGAGCUAUACUGUUAAAACAUUUAAAAACUGAAGUUUGUGGUACUGUAGUCAUGAAAAAAUUGUUUCAAAGUUUAACAAAUGUUCUCUAAAAAAUGUUCAAACAUCUGAAAUUCGAAACAUCAGAUAUUCACAAAAUUCUUAAUCAGAUGUUACAGUACUCAAAGAUUCCUUAUUCUAUGACGUGACAAAAGUAAGUAGAUAAUACUGUAAUAUAUAGUAAAUAUAAUUAGUUUCAAGAACAAUCUUUGAAAAUAACCUGGGAAAAAAUGAAUUUUUUUGUUCGUGAGAAAACGAAUGUAUGCUCAAAAAAUUGUGGCUUGUGCUCAAUUUGAUCUUUCUAUAAUUCGGUGAAGAAAAGGAAAAACUAACAAAACGUCGAACUACAAAAUUAAUAAUAAUAUUUUUCAAAAGUUACGGUAUUCUAGAAAACAAAAUAGUAUUGAAAUUCAAUAUAAACAUUUAUCUCUAGAACUCUUUAAAAAAUUCAGUUCCUAUUAUCCCCGAAUAUCUUAUGCGUAUGGAACAUCCAAACGAAACCGACUUGCUCUUCGGCGCUCAACGACAUAAACGUCAACUCGACAAUACUUGGGAUACACCAUAUGAACAAGAAGGAUGGGAUGAGAAUUUGUCAACUUUCGAUGAUGAAGAAGAAGAGGAAGAAGAAAAACCACCAAGAAGAAAAUCACAGAAAAAUCGAGGAAAAAGUUAUAAUGAUAGGUGAGACUUUGAUAAAAUAUGAAAUAAAAUCCGUUUGAUUUUUUAGAAACAAGUAUAUGAAACCAGCCGCAAGUAAACCAUUUUCACCAAAAAUCGAGACGACAACAAUGAUUGAUCGCCAUAAGUUGAUGACGUCUGAAAAUGUUCAUGUUGGAUUUAUGUUUGGUUCCAAGGCGUUGGUGCAACUUUUGGUGAAUCCGUGGAUCGGACCACUCACUAAUAAGUAAUGUUUAUUAACAAUUGUUUUAUAGAGGAAACUUGAAACGUUAGGUCGAAAAUUGAUCUUAUUUCACAAAAUAAAACUUCCAUAAUUGAACCAAAACUUUAAGAAAAACAAUUUUCGAACUACAAAUUUUAAUAUUGUUCAGAAUUGGUUACACUCUCCCAAUGUUUGGUGGAUUUGUGAUAAUGUUCAGUUCCACCAUUCUCUUCGCAUUUGGCGAUUCUUAUUUCACCCUCUGGUUAGCUAGAGCUCUUCAAGGUGUUGGUUCAGCGUGCACUAGUACAUCAGGUAAAUUUAAAAAAAAACAAAAAAAAUUCGAUCAGGAUGAGAUUCGAACUCACGCGGGGAAACCCCAAUGGAUUAGCAGUCCAUCGCCUUAACCACUCGGCCACCUGAUCAGACGACAGAGUCAGCACACAACCCCAAUAUGUGUUGCCUACAGCGUCUUUUCUCUUGUUCUGUCUCUAUUUCAUUUUUUUUUCCUCCGCUAUCUGUUUUUUUUUCUCUUUUUUUUUACAAGGCCAAAUUUUUUUUCAGGGAUGGGUAUGUUGGCUCAAGCAUACCCUGAUGAUUUGGAACGUGGAAGUGCUAUGGGAAUUGCGUUAGGCGGAUUGGCUUUGGGUGUAUUGGUGGGACCACCCUAUGGUGGCCUGCUUUAUCAAUGGAGUGGUAAAGAGUUGCCAUUUGUUUUGCUCGCUAUGUUGGCACUUUUCGAUGGAAGUUAGUAGGGAUUUUUUUGAAGAAACAAAAUGUAAAGCUAUAUUUUAGAAAUUCAACGUUUAACAUUUUAAUAUUGGAUAAAUUGAGAGAAAAAAUGUUUUUCAAUGUUUCAAGUUGCGAGCCUUAUCUGAAUUUUUUUCCACCAAUUUAUGUAGAAUCCGUAUAUUUUUCUAGCCCUUCAAUUUAUGGUCCUUCAACCGAAAGUUGAUCGUGGUGAACCAGAAGGUUCUACCAUCAAAGAACUCGCCAAAGACCCCUAUAUCAUCGUAGCUGCUGGUGCUAUCACUAUCGGAAAUCUCGGAAUCGCCAUUCUCGAACCUUCACUUCCACUUUGGAUGAUGGAAUCUUGGGAUGCUGAUGCUUGGGAAAGAGGUGCAGCUUUCCUUCCCGCUUCAAUUUCCUACUUGGUUGGAACUAAUAUUUUUGGACCACUCGCUCAUCGAAUGGGAAGGUAAUAAUUAUUUUUCGAGAACAGAAACAUUGAAAUGUUUUUAUAGAUGGCUCUCUUCAUUCAUCGGACUCGUUGUUAUUGGUUUCAGUCUUUUGGCAAUUCCUUCAGCUGCAGGAUUGGGUGGUUUAGUUAUUCCAAAUGGUCUUCUUGGUUUCAGUAUUGGUAUAGAUUUUUGUUGGGGAUUUUUUAAAAAAUGGGAAUCUUUUUUAAAAUUUUGAAAACAAGUUUUGAAAGUCCACUGACUUUUUCUUCGAUUGACAGAAGUAUAAUUGAAAGUGUUCUUUGAAAAAAAUAAUUCAGGUAUGAUUGAUGCUUCAAUGUUCCCACUCAUGGGUUAUCUCGUGGAUAUUCGUCACGUUGGAGUUUAUGGCUCGAUUUAUGCUAUUGCCGAUGCUGCAUUCUGUUUUGCCUUUGCUAUUGGACCUUUCGUUUCCGGACCACUUGUCAAAAUGUUUGGAUUCUCAACGUAAAUAAUUUUCACUUUUAAAGCUCCAUUAUUUUAUUUUUUCCAGAAUGAUGUAUCUUAUUGCAAUCAUCAGUUUCCUUUAUGCACCCUUGAUGUUCCUUUUGAGAAACCCACCAGUUCUGAUUGACCCAACUACUCAAACUCCAGAAGUAAUACAUUUUUACCGCCUAUAUUUUAGAUUGAAAUGAUACAUUUUUGUUACAGGUUGCUAGGCCGAAUGGUGAGCCAAGAAUCAGUGGUGAAAAUUAUGAACGUAUUGAUGGUAUCAACAUGGCUAGUCAAAUUCAGCACAAUCAAAUGUAUUCAGCAACCAGCGCUUUUUAA